AUGGUGCAGCCACCCGGCAUGGACGACCUCAGUCUCUCCGACAGCGACACCGACGCACUCUUUGACACCCCCGCGACGCGCAAGAACAAGCAGAGAGCACACGACGACGCAGGCGCUGCUGCGGGAGAGGCGGCGGCGGCGGCGGCGGGCAAGGCGCGGGCCAAGGAGUCGCACUACACGGCCGAAGAGGCGCGCGAGGCGGCAUUGCGGCGCGAGCUGGAGAGCGUGCGCAAUGUCAACAGCGUGAUCGAGGGCGUCGUGGAGAGCCUGCAGAAAGCCAAAGACAACAUGGGCACCGUGUCCAAGACCGUUCAGAACGCCUCGACCCUCCUCCAGACAUGGACCCGCAUCCUGUCGCAGACCGAGCACAACCAGCGCCUCAUCCUGAACCCGCAGUGGCAGGGCGCUACGCAGGACAUGGCCGACAUUGAAGAGGAAGAGUCCCACCGCAAGCAGGCCGUCGAGCGUCGCGCCGCAGAAGAGCAGGCACGGAGGGAGGCCGCAGCACGCAAGGCGGAAGAGGAGCGCCGGAGAGCUGAGGCAGGCCCACCCAAGCCUGCAGCCAGAGGACGAGGCCGAGGCACGCGACCACGCGGAGCUUCAGCCUCGACAUCAACUGCCUCCAGUGGCUACGUCGGCGUCGGCGGGCAGACUGGACGAGGCGUCGGCCGUGGCGACUCCACCAGAGGGCGAGCCGGCAGUGGCAUUGGACGCGGCCUGCGUGCUCGGGGCAGAGGGAGAGGAGCCGAGUGA